CAAAAUAGAAUAGAUGGAGAAAGUAUUUAAGAAGGAAACCCUUCUCUGGAGCACCUCACCAUUGCCUUGUCUCAGCCCUUCCCACGGACCGUGAUCCAUCCCCAAAUCCAGAGCCGCAAUGCCUGCUAUGACCGAUGUCCUUGUUGCUGCUGAUAUCACAAAGGCUGUGGGGGCCUUUGCAGCUGCCGAUUCUUUUAACUACAAGAAAUUCUUUGAAUUGGUCGGACUAAAGAACAAGAGCAAAGAUGUCAUGAAAAAGGUUUUCCAAAUUCUGGAUCAAGACCAGAGUGGAUUUAUUGAGGAGGAUGAGCUCUGUCUUAUACUGAAAGGAUUCACCCCUGAAGGAAGAUGUCUUUCUGAAAAGGAAACCAAGGCCCUCCUAGCCGCUGGUGACAAAGAUGGAGAUGGCAAAAUUGGGAUUGAUGGUGACUCCACUGUUGGCAAGAGUACUCUCAUCCAGCUGUUCCGAAGUGAUGGAAGCCACUUCCCAAAGAAUUACACUAUGACAACCAACAUGGAUAUCAUGACGAAAUCUGUGCAGGUUCCAGAUACAGGCGAUAGCGUGGAACUCUUUCUGUGCGACUCUCCUGGGAAGGCAAUGUUUUUUGAGAUGACAGAGAUAUUGUGGGACCAGCCUGGUGCUCUCUGCUUGGUGUUUGAUGUCACCAAUGAGGAAUCUUUUAAUAACUGUGCAAGGUGGCUGCAGCGAGUGAAAUCCAAGACUACGAGCCCUCACCUUCCUGGAGUACUGGUGGGAAAUAAGACUGACCUGACUGUCCGCAGAGUAGUGGAGAAGACGCAUGCUGAAGAGUGGGCAGCGAGCCAUGGACUGGAGUAUUUUGAGACAUCGGCGAAGGAGAUGGAAAACUUCGAUCAACCAUUUCGAGCACUGGCAAAGUCAUUCCAUCACAUGUACCAAGAGCGAGUAGAGAGCUUCAAAAGCCUGCUCUAGAUUCCUAUUUGUUUAUUUCUCUCCAGAAACUCAGUCAGUGGUGGUCGAAUGUCAGUCAUGCAGAUAAUUGUGCACCACCACUGUGUAGACAGGUGGUCUCCUAUUACAUGGUCCAUGAAUUGUAGAAGACUUGAUAUAUAUGAUAACAUCUUUUAUCAUGUUAUGACAAUGAAAAUGCUUUAUUACUUAUAAUGGACAAGUGCUAUUCAGAUUUGUUUUUUGAAUUAAAGAAUUGUACAGCUUUUUA